AGUCCUCCCUCAGCCCAAAUGGAUAAAGAAUCCUGCUCCCCGGUGUUACCAGUGGUGUGUCCCCGUCGAUUGAAUUAACAUUGAAAAAACAAAGCGUGCGUUUAUCGUCGCUCAUUGUGUAGCCGCGAGUCGCUCCAGAAGUGUCAACACCACCGAAACAACACCCCAAGACAUUCCCAAAACGUCCAAACUGCCAGUUAAUCAAUUGAUUAGAGAAAAAAAAAUCGGUGCACAAGUGAAGUACUACAGGCUAGACGGAUCGAAACGCAUAUUAACGCAGAGGAAGGGGGGGAUAAAAACGGGUAUCACACACAUAACGGGCUGCCUCUGGCGACGAAACACCAGAGGGAGAGGGAAAGAAAGGCACAGUUGCUGUAAUGGCCGCCGUGUCAUGAAAUGAAGGUACCCAGCCAGUGUUGCGGUCCCAUAAUGGAGGAUAACUCCAGUUCAGUAUCGCAAAAUCACAACGGGCCAUUGUCGUCCGGUGCUAAUGUAUCAAUUGGCAACGAUAAACAUCAAAAUAGUGAUAAUGCUGGUGGUAAUGAUGCCAAAGAUCAGAAACCACAGUACUCGAUGCCUGGUAUUCUUCACUUUAUUGAACACGAGUGGGCCCGCUUUGAGCUUGACAGAUCACAGUGGGAGCUCGACAGAGCUGAGUUCCAGGCUAGAAUAGCUUUCCUCCAGGGAGAAAGAAAGUCCCAGGAGAAUCUAAAGAAUGAUCUAGUGAGACGAAUUAAAAUGCUUGAGUACGCUCUCAAGCAGGAGAGGGCCAAGUAUCACAUACUCAAGUAUGGAACAGAGUUGGUAAUCCAGGAUGAUGGAAAACCACCACUUUAUGAGGAGUCCAGCACUGGUGAUAAUUCGGAGGGCGGUGGUGGAGAUGGGGAGGCGCCAUUCUCAUCUGUUAGUAAUGUCACGUGGAGCCAGGGCCGACGGUUAUUAAGAGACUAUUUGCGAGAAAUUGGUUACACCGACACAAUAAUUGAUGUGAGAUCAAACAGAGUGAGGUCAUUGCUUGGAUUAAACAACAAUAUAGACUCCGAUGAUAUGAAUACACCAGCAUUGAAUGGUAACGAACCAUCGAAAAAGCGUGUUAUACGUCGUUCGAGGUCAGAGAGAGCAAAAAAGGUGUAUCUUCGUAGUCCAUCCCACAUUUCUAAGGAACCAACGUCUCUCACUGAUGCAAUGAUCCUUGACACCGAGGCAUCUGUCAUGGCAAAUUUUGAAUUUCUGGCUCACACCGAUAUCGACAUGGAGGAGGAAGAGGGCGAAGUGGAAGACGAACUUUACGAUGCCGAUGCCGAGCCGAAACAGAAUAAGGCAUCCAUAAUGCUGGGCGAGGAUGUUGAUGCUGAAGCGGAGGAAGUUUUGAACGAACUGAAUCUUCUCACGGAAACUGAAGACUCACACAUUAUUCAUCCCCAUGCUAUUCCCAAAUACACCGAUACAAUGCGUGUGGAGCGAGACCCUCAGUGCCCAGGCGAGGAGAGUGAUUCGGCCCUGGGUCUGGGAGAAUUAGCCCAAUUAACAGUUAACAAUGAUGCUGAUGUGGCAUACGAUAUGGCGGCGACAAAAGAAACGUACAGAAAGACGUGGAACGCAAAAUACACUCUGCGCUCUCACUUCGAUUGCGUGAGAGCCCUCGUCUUCCAUCCAACGGAUCCAGUUCUGAUAACAGCAUCGGAUGAUCAUACUUUGAAGCUCUGGAAUUUGCAGAAGACAGUGCCAGCAAAAAAAUCAGCGUCUUUGGACGUUGAGCCGCUUUACACAUUCAGAUCGCACACAGGGCCAGUUUUGUGUUUAGGAAUGUGUAGCACUGGUAGUCGUUGUUACUCAGGUGGUUUAGAUGGUAUGAUACACUGCUGGUCAGUGCCAGCUGGUAAUAUUGAUCCAUACGAUUCCUAUGAGCCUGGUGUACUCAGCCAAUCGUUGACUGGACAUACCGAUGCUGUAUGGGGACUCAGUAUGUACCAUCCAAGGUCACAAUUACUGUCAGCUAGUGCUGAUGGGACUGUUAAAUUGUGGAAUCUACAGAACAAAGCACCACUGCUCAAUUCAUAUGCUUCUGACCUAGCAGAUGGAACUCCCACUUCAGUUGACUUCAUCAGAGAUGAGCCUCACAAGAUAGUGGUCGCAUACGAUGGAGCCUGCGUUGUGUUCGAUGCUGAGACUGGUUCAGCAGUAGCGAGACUCGAGGGUAAUGGAACCCGAGGUGUUAAUCGUGUCGUGGCUCAUCCAAUCCAACCUUUGAUAAUAGCAGCCCAUGAGGAUCGUCACAUAAGAUUUUACGACCACCGUUCGGCGACACUGGCUCACGCCAUGGUAGCACACUUGGACGCCGUAACUAGUCUCGCUGUUGAUCCCCACGGUCUUUAUCUGCUCUCAGGCAGUCACGACUGCAGUAUAAGAUUAUGGAAUAUGGACAACAAAACUUGCGUACAAGAAAUAACAGCACACCGCAAGAAAUUCGACGAGAGUAUCCUUGACGUUGCGUUCCAUCCCUCGUUACCCUUUAUCGCCAGUGCUGGGGCUGAUGCACUUGCCAAGGUAUUCGUGUGAGUGAUAUAAAUUGAGAUAACGGAGCCGAAGGAACGUCACGAAUUCACUACAUUUAUAAAAAUUACAAGUUGUCGCAUAUGACACUUUUAAUAGGAAAAAAAAAAGAUCAUGUGAAGCGGUUUUUGUACUCAUGUUCAUUAUUAUUUUUCAUCAUUUUUUUAGAUAGUUUUACUUGUAUGUACUAUACACUUCCAGGAAACUUCUCUUUAGAAUGAUUUUACCAAUUCCAUUUUUCCUCAUCUCAUCCUUAACAAAUAAUUGAGAAGAAAAUGCGAAUUAAAUAAAAUGAAAAAAAAAAAACAAAAGUGGAAGAAACGUAAUUGUAUUUAAGUAUGGUCAGACAAAGCAGCAUAUUCAAAUACUCAUAUUAUUAUAGUGAGGCGAAUGAAGACGGCAGGUAAAAGAAUUUUAAUGAAACAUUACGGAGAAUUUAAAGAUUAUUAUCUUGUAUUAUUACAAAAUGAUGACAAAUGGAAUGAGUUCUCAUUCAAGUGCAAAUGCUAUUUGUUGAUAUAAUCGUCACUAAGUAGACGUAUUAAUCUGUCGGCAGAGUGAAACAGCUCAUCGACACUGUAGUAUACUAUCUAUCAUAGUGGUGAAAUCUCCUCUCCCCUCUCCCUUUCAUUGAUUAGAUCACCCGUGAAAAACUUUAAAGUGGUGUACAACCGAUAUAAAAUUGAAGAAAGGUAAAGUGAAAAUAUUAUGAAGGCGUCAACCCUCCUGAGGAGCAUUGAAGAGUCCAGGGGAGCACACUGCCGCAGUAGCAUAAUAUUUAUCCUUAUGUUAAUUAUUUAUUACCGAGUAUCACAGUUACUGUUGCACAGCUACUGGGGAUUAAAUUUUAAAACAUGAGGAAUUACGAUUGAAUAAAUUCUCAAUGAAUGACGAACAUUCACAGACGACAUUAUGUUAUUCCAAUUAAACGAUGGAAGAAGAGAACAAAAAAAGAAUACAAAAUAUAUACAAAUGCUAUUAGUCUCCCAUUACACCAUUUUUGUGCUGCCCCUCGCAUUAUACUGAGGUCCAGCGUUAUGGUAAUUACAAUGAUUAAUUGAUAAUAAUAAAAUGUAAGGUAAUUAUUAAAGAAAAAAUGAAAAAAAAGACAAAAAACAUUACUUAGUAAUAAUAAUUAAUAGCAAUAAAUUAUAACUGUGUGUUUCACUGUAAUAUAUUGUAUUUAAAAAUAGACGAAAAAACAAAACCGUGUAACUUACUUUUAAUGAA